UUUCGUGUGGUCGUCUCCCCUCCGCAGCUGUUCUCAGAUCAGCUGUACCGGACGGAUCCGUCCCAGCUGUGUGCGGCUCCUCCAGUCCCGCAGACGGGGUCGGCCAUGUUGUUGUGCGGUGGGGGUUGAUGUAAGUUUGGUAGUAGGAAGUGGAGGCUACAAAGAGAGCUCGGGACACUUCUGGGAUCUCACUUUGUUCUCGCCGAUCCGCAGCUGGAUUUAUUUCCCCCCGCGAUGGCGACGGCUGCCUCCUGCGCCCUCGCGCGCUGCAGCGCGGCAUCCAUUUAACUCGGGCAUUAUAUCUCUUCAGCUUCUUUCUUUCUUCUUCUUUUUUUUUCCUCUGCUGGAUGGAUGAAGUGAGGAUGAAGGCGGUUCGGUCUCUGUUGGAAUAACUACCACCCCCCCUCCCUCCCUUCCUACCACCACCACCACUCCCGGAUCAGAUUUUAGGAGAGGAAGCAAAUCCAGAGGAGGAAAACCAGAAGGAGAAGGCGGAUUUGAGAAGGGCGAGACGAUGGGCUGCGUCAAGAGCAAAGAGGACAAAGGCCCCGCCAUGAAGUAUCGGCCGGAGAACUCGGCGGCGCCGGGUUCCGACGCCGGCGUCGGCGCGCCUCACGUGGGUCACUACGGGCCGGACCCCACCCAGCUGCAGCAGAACGCGCCUCCUCCCUCCUCCUCCUCGGGCUCCGGGGCGCCCGGCUUCAACCAAAGCAUCACGCCGUUCGGAGGCUCGUCCGCCAUGACCCCCUUCGGCGGGGCGUCCUCCUUCUCCGGGCCCGUGUCCAACUCCUUCUCCGGCGCCGUUUCAAGUGGCGUCACCUUCUUUGUGGCCUUGUACGACUACGAAGCGAGGACGUCGGACGAUCUUUCUUUUAAGAAAGGAGACCGCUUCCAGAUCAUCAACAACACGGAGGGGGACUGGUGGGAGGCUCGCUCCAUCAACACGGGUAGGAACGGCUACAUCCCGAGCAACUAUGUGGCCCCUGCUGACUCCAUCCAGGCUGAAGAGUGGUACUUUGGUAAAAUGGGGCGCAAAGACGCUGAGAGGUUGCUGCUGAACACAGGAAACCAUCGAGGAACUUUCCUGGUGCGAGAAAGUGAAACCACUAAAGGUGCCUACUCUCUGUCCAUACGGGACUGGGACGACGCCAAGGGGGACAACGUGAAACACUACAAGAUCCGCAAGCUGGACAGCGGGGGCUACUACAUCACCACCCGGGCGCAGUUCGACGCGUUGCAGAAGCUCGUCAAACACUACACGGAGCACGCCGACGGGCUCUGCCACAGGCUGACGUCGGUCUGCCCCACGGUCAAGCCGCAGACGCAGGGGCUCGCCAAAGACGCCUGGGAGAUCCCGCGGGAGUCGCUGCGCCUGGAGCUCAAACUGGGCCAGGGCUGCUUCGGAGAAGUCUGGAUAGGCACGUGGAACGGCACCACCAAGGUGGCCAUAAAGACGCUGAAGCCGGGCACCAUGUCGCCCGAGGCCUUCCUCCAAGAGGCUCAGAUCAUGAAGAAGCUCCGGCACGACAAGCUGGUGCCUCUCUACGCCGUGGUGUCCGAGGAGCCCAUUUAUAUCGUCACCGAGUACAUGGCCAAAGGAAGCUUGCUCGACUUCCUCAAGGAGGGCGACGGCAAGUUCCUGAAGCUGCCCUUGUUGGUGGACAUGGCGGCACAGAUCGCCGACGGCAUGGCGUUCAUCGAGAGGAUGAACUACAUCCACAGGGACCUGCGCGCCGCCAACAUCCUCGUCGCCGACAACCUGGUGUGCAAGAUCGCCGACUUCGGCCUGGCCAGGUUGAUAGAGGACAACGAGUACACCGCCAGACAAGGGGCCAAAUUCCCAAUUAAAUGGACGGCCCCGGAGGCCGCCUUGUACGGCCGCUUCACCAUCAAAUCAGACGUCUGGUCCUUCGGGAUCUUACUCACUGAGCUCGUCACCAAAGGCAGAGUGCCCUACCCAGGCAUGGUGAACCGGGAGGUGCUGGAGCAGGUGGAGCGCGGUUACCGCAUGCCGUGCCCUCAGGGCUGCCCCGAGUCUCUGCACGAGAUGAUGAAGCUCUGCUGGAAGAAGGACCCGGAUGAGAGGCCCACUUUCGAGUACCUGCAGUCCUUCCUGGAGGACUAUUUCACCGCCACGGAGCCGCUGUACCAGCCAGGAGAGAACCUAUAGCCUGCUUGGACUCGUAUCGCCGGGGCAGACACUUGCGUGAAGACAUGAGCUCUUAAUGGUUGGACUGAAAGCCGACUGGAAACCAGACCAAACCAGUCACAUAAACCACUACUUUUUAUUUUUAUUUUUUAGCUUUUGCUU